GAGCAAGAACGGUUUGAUAUCUGGCGAGUGUCAAUAGUGAAAAAAAUGUCAUCAUCAUCAAGACGAUUGUGAUCGUGCGUCGAGACGGGUCGACCGUGAAUGAGAUAAUAAAUCGUGUUACGAUGGGUACUCGAAAACGUCUGGCUAAAUGUGGCUGCUUACGAUACCACAGGCAAUGUGAUAACAGUAGUGCUGCGUGAGUCUCAGCUGUGUCGCUAGAUUUCUUGUGCAAAAGCUUCCGGUAAAGAGAACGGUGUUCCAUACAACAAGAUCUGCUCGGCCACCUCGGUCCGAACGCGGGAGCAACUGCCCCAAUGGCUCAAUCAUUUACCUGGUUUCCAGUGAACCACCUUGGCAGCACAAAAAACAACGAGCGUCUUCAAAACUCGUACGAAUAUCCGUCGGUACCACUGUGUUCAGCGAACGAUGUACAGCUUCGGUUUCUCUGCCCGGACGAUCUCGAGGAGGUACGGACUUUGUGCCAGGAUUGGUUCCCCAUCGAUUAUCCACUCUCAUGGUACGUGGACAUUACGUCCAGUACGCGCUUUUUCGCGCUGGCAGCAAUCUACAACUUCAGCAUCAUCGGUCUCAUAGUGGCAGAGAUUAAAUCGUACGGCAAGCUUAACAAAGAGUGCGCUUUAUACCGUUCACAGGAUCGAGGCAUUCUACCGGAAUCGAUGGGUCGGGAUGCAGAGAUUGGGUACAUUCUGUCGCUGGGUGUGCAUCGAAAGUACCGCCAAAACGGUAUUGGUUCGCUGUUGCUUGACUCACUCAUCAACCACCUAACGACUGCCGAGCGACACAAAGUGAAGGCAAUAUUUCUCCACGUCCUAACCACGAAUCGUACCGCCAUACUUUUCUACGAACGAAGAGGGUUUGUCCUUCAUUCCUUUUUGCCUUACUAUUACUCGAUUCGAGGCAAAUGCAAAGAUGGUUUCACCUACGUGUCCUACAUCAAUGGAGGCCAUUCACCAUGGAGUUUAUACGAUUAUUUGAAGUACUGGUGCUCGCAGAUUCUAACUGCCGGUGGACUUUGCCCAUGGAUCUGCGGUCGUAUGCGGACGGCGUUUCGGUGGGUGUGCUACCGUACGGUCGGACGAUUUCACCUUCAGCAGGACGAAUAGAUGUCGGUUCUGGAAUGCCGGAGCGGCCACUACAAGCAAACAUUUUCAUUUUCGCUUCCCAUCAUUCAUCGUUUACGACGUACGAUCCGCUCCCUUGGAGCUCGUCUAGUUAAAACCUUUUUUCAUUUACCUUUUCCCCAACAACCCAACCAAUGUUGGAAUGCAUAACAGGUGGGCUGAUAAUUGUUUGGCGUAACACAUAUAUCGCGCUAAAAGAUUUAUUUCCAUAUCAUAUUUCGUUUGUACCAACCUUCAAACGAAUUCUGUCCAAAUUUGACAGCACUCGGGCCAUAACCUAGUAGGCUGGAGCAUUUUGU